AUGACGACAGAAAUGGAGCCACGCUUCUCCCUUCCAUCAGAGACACCCUUGUCCAGCAAGAAGGAGCUGGUAAUCGGCGGUGUGCGGAUAUACAUUUACGGGCUGGAAGAGCUGCACCGCGGAGAAAACGAGCGAAUUGCUGUUCUGUAUCUCGCUCACAAUAGGACUCGCACAUAUCUAGUUACUGAGGGUAUUGCUCAUGAAGUCUUACACCGAUACCGAGCAGAUGGGAGACAAAAGACUGCGCAGCUAAUUGCUGUGACGAUGAAUAUGAGGAAUCACGGGGACAGGGAGAUAUCUCCUCGGGCAAACCGUACCUGGAAAGAUGGCAACGAAAAUCAUGGGGUUGACCUGCUUUCCAUGAUCUCAGGAUCUGCUCAGGAUUUCAAGCUGGUGAUGGAUUAUCUUCCAGCCUAUUUACCUGAGUAUGCCCAGUUGUAUAAUAUCAUGGCCGGGGUUUCUCUGGGAGGUCAUACCGCCUGGCGCAUGGCUGCGCUUGCUCCGGGACAGUUUCAUGCCUUUGCGAUGAUAGUUGGUUCACCAAACUUGAGGUCAUUGCUUCUCAGUCGGCUAGGACUCAACUCGACGACGGACCAUAGCCAACUGGACUAUGAUGGCAUGAGCUAUGAGGAUUUACACGGAAUAAUGAGACCACGCCAACAGCGAAUGUGGCCAAGAACUCUGGACAAGAUUAUUGGUGAAGGAGACAGGAAAGCGUUUGAAGAAUUUCCCACUGGUGUGCCUUUACUCUUGUGCAAUGGGAAAUAUGAUAAACUAGUGCCGGCGAAGUACACAGCAUCGUGGGUCGAAAAGAGGAAACAGUCGAAUAAUAUCGAAUUUUUCGUGCAAGACAAUACUGGCCACAGUUGCACAAAGGAAAUGGUGAGCAUGCUAGCACGGUGGCUAAGCGAUAUGUUUCAAGUUCAGAGUGGCAUGGCACACAUUUAG